AAGAGAUUAAAUUCAGGUGUAUCACUGCCACACAUAGUCCAGAGAAGAGCAGAGCAAUCUCCAGAGUGUCCAUCAGUUGGAAGAUUAUGGAAAAAAAUCAGCAGCCAACGUCUGAUCAACCAAAGAGGCGAAAGAUAAGCACUGUGGAUCAAGACUUUUUCUGCAUGGCCAACAGCACUGAGAACGGCAGCGCAGCCAUGGCGAGGACAGACAUCCUGGUGUCAUCAGACUACUUUAUGGCUGUAGCCGUCCUGUCAGCCCAAAGGAGCAAAGACCCAAGCACACAGGUGGGGGCCUGUAUAGUGAACCAGGAGAAUAAGGUAGUUGGCGUUGGUAACAAUGGCAUGCCCAACGGCUGUGAUGAUGCCCAGCUGCCGUGGGCCCGCUCUGCUGCUGACCCGCUUAAAACUAAAUACCUUUACGUGUGCCACGCAGAGCUGAAUGCCAUCAUGAACAAGAACAGCGCUGACCUGAGAGGCUGCACCAUUUAUGUGACUUUGUUCCCCUGCAACGAGUGUGCCAAGCUCAUCAUCCAGGCUGGAAUAAAGGAAGUGGUCUAUCUUUCUGAUAAGUACCAUGACUCAAAAGAGACGGUCGCUUCCAAAAAACUGCUCAGUGCGGCACGCAUACAAUGCAGGAUGUUCGAGCCCACCAGGGAUGAGGUUGUGAUUCCAUUAACCACCCCUGAAAACUGACCAGCGUGACCAAGUGAAAAUGUAAAAGGCUCACCUUGGGGCGCUGCUGAAUGAGGCGGGAAGUAGAAGGAGACUGACACGAUUGAAAGGCACUUUGAUGCCUCUUUUCUGUAUGUCUUCUUGCCCCCUGCCUUGUCCAAAGGAAACCUCAAGGAUACCUCAAGAUAGUUUAAUUUGACGCUUUCGCUCUUUGUGGAUGGUUGUGGCAUGCUGCUUUCACACUUUUAUUUCCUUUUAAAACUCCCUUUGGAGUGGGACAGGUGUACACAAGGGCUCUGAACACACUUUCUUGAGUGUUUGAUUUUAAAAUCUUUUGUGUUGUGAAUCAGAUCUCCAAACUCAUGGCUGUCUGCACAGGGGAGAACCAGAAUCUGUUUGAUUCCUCCUUCAAACAAGGUUCCAGAUUAAUAAAGAGGCACCUUAACAUUUACUGCAUUUGACCUUUCCCAUUCAAAGUGAAAGCUGCUCUCAGUAAAUCAGUCUUUAUGCAAUUUGGUUCAUCAAACCUGUCUGCAGAAAGUAGCCACUAUGUAGCCUGGGGUUUUUACUGCUGAUUGCAUUUCUUCUUUUGAUGCUCUAAUAGGUAUCAGCCGUACUGGCAAGUAAAUAUAGAAAAUAUAUUUUAACAAAGAUGUAACAAUGACUUAACCUGGAAAUCCAGACUCAAAUCUAGAAAGAUUCUGAGUCUGGCCCUCACCGAUACACCCUUCCUACCCAAGGGGCGGCACUAACUGAGGCAUAUUAAAUGCUGCUGCACACAAUUGGAUAACACGAUGGCCAAUCAGAGCAAAAAACAAGGCAUGUUUAUUGUACUAAGCCCCAUUUGUUUGCCGACCAGUGGGGCUAACUGAUAUAUUAUGCUUUUGCCGUUUCUUCCAAAGCUAAAUUGAAUGCUGCCAUCUUGGCUGUUUACUUUUCGACUCCUACAGCGCAGCGCUGUCGUCAUCACGUUACACCCGCCUCGGUCAGAUAGAGUGAUUUGAUUGGUCCGGUUGCAAUUCACCGGGUUCUGCUCAACGGGGCCAGAUUCCUGUGCAGUGCAAAUUUGAAUUAGCUAUGGGCGGGGCAUCUGGAUUUCCAGGUUAACAAUGACUCUCAGCAUGGACGCUACAAAGAGGAUGUGUUGUAUUGCUCAGUGUAUAAACAACACAUUAAUAACAGUUUGAAGCUUUUAUUACAAAGUGAUUUUUAUUUUGCACUUUCACUAAAACUAAUGAAUUGCUUUACUUGAGUAAUGCUAAUAAAUACUUUAUCUAAUUUAGGUUGCUCUACAUGAAUAAAGUGAUGGUUAUAACCUAAUACCAUCUUACAAAUUACAGUCAGGCAAAAAAAUGACAUGCAAUACGUGAAUUUAAAAAAAGUUUUGCCAUCAACUGAACUUUUUUUUGUUUGUGUGUUUCUGCAUUUAUGACCUCAGCUUGGCAGCUCGUAUGCCAGAAUUUGUCCCAACUUUCCAUGUUGUUACUGCAAUUUGAGGGGGUGUUCACAUGAAUAUUCCCAGUUGGGAAAAAAUUUUUUUUGAUUAUUCCACCACCUCAUGAAUGCAGGGCAACACCUAUUGUAACUUUAUUCCAUCAAAGCUAACAAAAUAAUUGCUUCUAUUGAAAACAAAAUGACACCACUUUGCCAGAUUAGAAGGACUGGUGGAGCUUCUUUGUGAGUGGCACAAUUAUUCCAACAUCAGCACUGUCCUCUUAUUGUUACACAUUAUAUAUGUUACUGUACGCUUAUGGGUUUUCAAAAAUAUUCCUUGUAGGGCAUAUGGGAUAUGGAUCUUAGUUUUAAUGACCAAUUUACUUUUUUUUUCUCCAAAAGAUGUUGCAGUCUUUAGUGGGACAAAGUUUCUGUGUGUCUGUUUCAACUGUAGUAAGACAAGGCUGCAUAUUCUCAUAUAACACUAUAUUUACUCUGGUUUCUUUCAUGGUACCAAACAGCCCACUCGCCUGAAGGCAAUCUUGGCAUUGUACAUUACAUUUGCACAUUAUUAUAUAGUUGUUACGUUUAAACUUUAAAAACGGUAAUGGGUCGUUACAAAACACCCACAUUUGGUGCGUAAAAAGCUGCUGGAAACACGCUAAAUUAAGUGCAAGUAAAUUAAGUGUUGUUGUGCCCAAAUCUAACGACACACAAACCUCAGCGUUGUUGAAAUGUUAAGUUUCAACAUAUUCAAUACAUAAUGUGCAAAUUUAAUGUAUCUGUGGUUUGCAGAAAUGCAAGAUGCCAACAUUUAUUCUAGUGUUUGGGAUGCAUAUAAAGGCUUUUAAAAAUACCUAUUUGUGGCUCAUGAUACUACAUUGUUUUCAAGACUACCUGUCAUUAAGAUGAGAACAGCUGAUUCUUUUUGUCAUAUUGUCUAAUAUGCUGUACAAGUGUAUGAAAGCUAGUCAUUCCUUCAUAAUCUGUCUGUGUAAUGAAUCAAUGUGCAUGACCAGAAAGCACUUGUCAGUUCUGUGACUUCAUACCAUCAUGUCCGCUGUGAGUGCAGCUGAAGUCAAUAAAACUUUUGGGCCACA